AUGGAUGUAUCCUAUUCAUUUACACCUUUGAUAGGAUAUAAAGAUAGUUUGAUUGAUCAACAUGUAAAAUUACCUUUAAAUUAUCCCAUCAUUGACAACAACCAUAUCAAAACGAUAUCUACAACUCCUAAUAAUGAAUUUCAUAAGAAAAUAGCUACUACAGGUAAGAUUAUCAAAUUAUCUAAACAAUCUCUUGUUCUGGCGGUAUCAAUCUCGGUAUUCAAUGAUAUGAAAACAAUUGUUUUAACACCAAUGGAAUUACAACUGAAUAGUAUUGGUUUCCAAUUUCAAAAUUUGAUUAUAGAUUUACCUCAUUCAAUAUUUUCUACCAAUUGUAUCACUUUCCAUUAUAGUAAUGAUCAUAUUUUGAUUGAUUUAGUCGAUGAAAAUUAUUUGUUUAUCACUUUGAAAAUUGCCAUUGAUAAAUUCAUUUUCGGGCAACAACUCACUUUAGAUAAUUUUGAAGAAUGGGGGUAUAUUUCUGUUCCUUAUUCAUUUGAAUUGAGAUCAUCACCAUUCUUUGUAAAAUGUUUAGAUAAUUUGAAUUUGAUUGUUUCUUUGAAAGAUGGUGGAUUGCUACAUUUCAAAAGAGAUGAAGAUUUGGGUGAAAUUACCGUGUUUAAUUUCCAAGAACAAGGUACAUUAAUACCAUUCUUGGGAUUUUUUGGUGGUGGGAAACGGAAAGAAAUUGUUUUAGAUGGAGUUUCUUCUAAUUCAAUCGUUGAUGUUUUACAGAUUGGUGAUGUAGUGAUUACUUUAUCGGUUAAUAAAGUGUUGAAACUUUGGAAUCUUGGUGGACACCAAAACUUGUCAACAUUAGCAAUUGCAGAUGACGAUACAUGGUUACCCACUAUCCCUAGCAAGUAUUUAAAGUCGUACAAACAAGAAGAUGGGAAAACUAUAGUAUCACUAUUUAUCAACACCAAAUCAGGCGAUUCUUCAAAGAGUAUGUUUGUAUUCAAAUCAUUUGAAUUGGAAGGUUCAAAUUUAAACGAUUUAUCAGAUCUUUCUUUCCAACCAGAACUCCCCAAUUCAGUAUUGUUUUCUUCUGACGUAUUUUAUCACGAAUCAAACUUCCAAAACACUAUUUGGUUCAUUCAAGAUUAUGAAAUUGAAGUUCAAAUCGGGCAAUCUCAGAUCAAAUAUUAUAUCUUAUGGAAAUCCAACACUUCUUCAGUUUUAGUAGAGUAUACGAUAAAUCUGAUUAAUGGUGCAAUUUUAUCAAUUCACAUUUCCCAUCCCAAUGGCUUUGAAAUUGACGAAAAUAUAUCUGCAUAUCAUGACACUGAAUAUUAUAUGGAUAGAAUAUUUGAUUCCGGGAACUAUGAUUCUUUAAUUGUUUUGACAUCAAUUCAAAUAUUAAGUCAACAUUGGGAAAUUGAUAGUAACAAUACUGAUAUGACAACCCAAACGAUUCGACAAUUGGCUAUAGAUGCAAUUAAUUCUAAGGCAGCAUCAGAUAACACCAAAAGUUAUUGGUUUAAAUUACAAUCUUUAUGUGAAGAAUUCAAAAAUUUGAGUCAAGAAACUUUAUCAUUAUCAAUUUUCGAUAAUCAAAUUUUGACUUUGAAUGUUAAUGGUUAUGGUAUAUACCGUAAAUCGGCAUUUUUUGAAUCUUUUGCUAAUCAGAAAUUGAAUAGUCCUGAUGGGAAAUUAAUGUUGAUUUUCAAUAAAUUUGAGACCUUUAUAUCGCGUAAAAGUUAUCAUAAAUUGCAUCAAGAGUUGCUCCAAUUUCAAAAAAUUUCAGCAAAUGACAUUACAAAUCUUUUCACAAAACAUAUUGAAGGAAAGAUAUCUACUACUGAGAUACAAACAAUCUUAACGGAUUUAGAACAAAUUCCUGGUAUUGUUGAAAUAGUCAAAUCGUUAAUUGGAAGUUCUGGGUUUGAGUUAGUUGAUGUCUCAAUCCCAAGUAAAAGCCUUGGUACUUUUUAUAAAAUAGCUACAGUAAUGAUAUUCAGGAACAUUAUGGAGACCCAUAAGACAUUGCUAUUAGAUUUAGUGGCAUUAUUUUUUAUAUGUGAAACUAAUGAUCAAAUAGUUGAAUUUGUGAACCAAAUCCGGUCAAAUUUGGUACAGUAUAAUAUCAUGGAAGUGGUUUUCGACACCUGUUUAACAUCAGGUGUAGUUGAAACCAAGAAUAUGGGUCAAGUGCAGAAUUCGAUUUUUUGGUCAUCCAUUGUUGGUACCCAUUCUCAAUUAAAACGAUUAAUAGGGUCGUUACAAUUAAAUGAUGGAUACGAAUAUUUUUAUAACAAAGUGUUAUGUGAAGACUAUUUAGUUGAUGUGAUUAUUGAAUUGAUCAACAACAAAGAAUAUUUCUAUUUACGAGAAAAAUUUUUAACAAAGCUUAAUCAAGAGAAAAUUGUAGAGAAAUUUUUGGUUGGUUUAAUAUAUUUAUUCAAUAAUGAUGCCAAAUCAUUCUACGAAAUUUUCCAUAAUUAUUCCAAGUUCCAAAAUUUUUCUGAAAAUAAAAUCAAAAAACAUUUGAAUAAAGAUGAGAAUUUACAGAAUUUUACAGAGGUUUUAUUUUCUAAUCCUUCAAAAUCUCAAUAUUAUCAUGGAUUGUCUAAAUUAGUUCAAUCACAAAUCAAAACUAACACUAGCAACAAAUCACAACAAGAAGAACAUAGUUUCAUUGAAAUUGCUUCAGAUUUGGAAACUUUAGCCAUUGAUAAUGAAUCUAAUAUUGUUACAAGGGAAGAAUUUUAUUUAAAUUUAUUUGAAUUAUCUUUAAGGAUUUCAAAUUAUGAUAUUACUACGAAAUGUUUGAAAAAUUUAACUGUUUCAACUAGUUUUAAAAAUUUAAUGACAAAAUUUAUUACUAAAAUUAUUUCGCAACUGAAAUUAGAUAUUAUAUUUCCUGCAACUAAUGAUGAUGAUGAUGAUGAUUUUUAUCGUCAACAUUUUUCAUUAAUAGAUUCAAUAAUUGAUAAAGUUGCCAAAGAUUCAAAUUUAUCACAAUCAUUGAAAGUUUAUCAAUAUUUAUAUUCUUGGAGAUUAUUUGGUUGUGUAGUUGAGAAAAGUCAUAACACAGAAUUAGGUGAUAAAAGAGGAGCAAUUGAAGCAUUAUAUGAAUUCAUUACUAGAUUCAGAAUAGAAAAUCCUAGUGUUGGUGAUGUGGGAAGAAAAGUGAAAUUGAAAAUACUUGAAAUUUAUAUGAUAAUUUUGAAUUUAUUAAAAAGUUUUGAAAAUAAUCAAGAUCAAUGGUUUUUGAAAAAUACUAAAGAAAUAAGAUCAAUUGUUACAUUAAAUGAUUUGAAAUUAGAAUAUUUAGAAUGGUUGAAAAAUUUAGAUGAAGAUAUAUCAAUGUUUACAUAG